CCCCCAAACGUCACCCGCUCAAGCUUAUAUUUCGUCUAGGGAAUUUUAGAAAACCAAGUAGGAUUCAAGUGCACGCUAAAAGGACGUGCAGAGGACAAGCAAUAGAUCAAGAUAAGCCAAGGUCACUGGGGUUCAGAGGCUCCACGAGACAUGACACAGUCGCGCUUGGGGAGUAUUUUCAGAAAAAUGAAGCAGAUUGGAGUCAUAGGGGGUGGGGCAGCCGGCCUUUGUGCAGCCCGGCACAUCCUAGCCAACCAAGGCAUGGUGCCCAUACUAUGGGAACAGUCAGAAAAGAUUGGAGGAACAUGGAACUACACACCACAAACUGGCACCGAUAAGCAUGGAUUACCAAUUCAUUCAAGCAUGUACCAGAACCUAAAGACAAAUCUCCCCAAGGAAGUGAUGGCUUUUCCUGACUUUCCUUUCCCAGAAGGAGAUGAGUCCUUUCUCCACCAUUCUGAAGUUCAAAAGUACCUAGAAGAUUAUGCACAACACUUUGAUCUGUAUCCUCACAUUAAGUUCAGUCACCAUGUAGAAGAAGUAAAACCUAUUAUCAAGGACACUGGCCCCCCUUCCUGGUCCAUUAAAGUAAAAGACCUGAACUCCGGGGAAUUCUCAACUACAGUUUGUGACGCACUCCUUGUUUGCAAUGGGCACUACUCAGUCCCACGAUUCCCUGUUAUUAAGGACAUAGAGAAAUUCAAAGGACGCCAGAUACACAGCCACAAUUACCGAGAACCCUCUCCAUAUGCAGGAAGCAGAGUGGUUGUGCUGGGUGCAUCAGCAUCAGGUCUUGAUAUUAUGCUUGAGCUUGCACCAUAUGCCAAAGAGAUUUUGCUGUCACAUAACUUGCCUGUACCAGUGCCGUCCGACUUGCCGUCCAACGUCCGUCAGGUUCGUGGAGUUGUGGCAGCCUCUGAGAAUGGGUUUAUAUUUGGAGAUGGAACUUCUGCUGAGGCUGAUGUUAUUUUGUAUUGCACAGGUUACGAGUACACUUUCCCCUUCCUUACCAAAGAGUGCAACGUCACGAUAGAGGACAACGUUGUGAAGCCGCUAUACAAACAUCUGAUACAUUCCGCAUUUCCGUCUCUGGCUUUUAUUGGCAUACCAUUCCAGAUAUGCCCUUUCCCGUUGUUUGACUUCCAGGUCCAGUUCUUUUUAAAAACAGUAACGGGGGCAUAUGCCUUACCCAGCAAAGAGGAGAUGGAUGAGUUUGUCCAGAAAGAUUUUGAGGGCCACUGCAACUUUGGCCAGCCGUCCAAACAUUUCCACAAAAUGGGUAGCAUACAAUGGCCCUAUAAUGAUCAGCUUGCUCAGAUGGCCGGAAUCGCCCCUCUUCCCCCGGUCGUUUCCGAGCUGUACAAAGCCGUUUCACAUAGUAGGCGGAGUAUGCUUAUGUCAUACAAAACUGCUAGCUAUAGGAUAACAGGGCUGACUUCCUUUGAACGUGUGAAGUAACAUAUACUAUGAUACAUAUAGGUUAUUCUGUGUACAUUUUUAUAGAGAAUCUUUAUGCAAUAAAUAUGGAAUAAAAAAAAUAGAUAUGCAAAAAAAAAAAACAGUUUUAAAAGCAUUUUGAUUAUGCUUCCUUUUACAUUUGCUUUAUCUCUUUAUACUUGUAUUAUGUCUGGUUGAACUGCCAGUUGCUGACUUCUUUGAGGGAGUUCCUACUAUGUUGAACAAGGAAGCCUUAACAUGAUCACUAACUAUUUUCAUAUGAUUAAAAUUAUUUCUAUUUUUCUCUCAAAAUGUGGUGCAUUGUAUAUAGACUUUAUUUUGAGGGUUAAGGGGACCAUCUCCAUGAAAAAUGGCCAAAAUCAACAACAUAAACAUUCCUGUAAAGUUACACCCUCCAGAAAUAGCCGCUAGGCUUGCUAGACCUAACUGGUGAUGUUUGACGGCGAUUUAUUGCCCAUAUAUUUAACCUUUGAAAUCAAUAUUUUGGGUUAUGUUUGAAAUGGAUUUUUAACAAUAUGUCUUAUAAUAUUGAUAUGAUCUACAUUGUACAUAUUUGGUGUGUAUAUGAUUAUAUCGUAUAUGAUUUUUGAAGUAUUAUGAGUUCACAAUUAUGUAAACCAGAAUACAUUUGCAAGUCUUAGAAGUGUGUAAAUUAAAAAAAACUCAUGCCAUCUAGAUAUCUAGCAACUUUUAAUCUUCAAAGGAUGCUGAGAAGCUUCUUAACCUUAAUAAGAUUUUAGGGGUUGCUUUACUUAAAGUUACUUAAAGUCAUGAGUUUUGGUAAUUAUUCUAAAACAGGUAUAUUACAUACCUCUGUUUGUAUUAUGAUUUAUGAUAAUUAUUUCUAAAGCUGGCAGGUAAAGGGGCAUAGCAUAUACUGAAAAUGUAUGUAGCCUGUCAGAGCAUGGAGCAAACUAUUACUAACAAGGCAACAAUCUAUAAAAACUUGAAAGCUCCUAGGUUGCCGGGUGCUAAUUUCCAUGUGCUUCCAUGAACCACCUUCUCUUUCUUGCUGAAAUAACCCCAUGAGUUCAUGCAUGUCUGUACACCUCUGUAUGUGUGCAUUAUUUGUUUAUUUGUACUUUUUUUUCUUUGAUUUGCUCAUGCUCUGAAACAUGGUGUCUGUAUGAAUAAUAGAGCAAGAACCAGGUUCCAACAGUAGUUAUUUGUGGCACAAAAUGAUGUUUUGGGUAAUUAUCAGUAUCAUAUGAUGGAAGACAAGACUGAAUUUAGAUGAGGCUUGAGAAAGUUUUGCAAUCUUUGUGUUUCACAGAAUUAGAUAUAUUAGGGCUAAUUUUGUCACUUUUCUUGUUUGUGCACGUCUUUUUAAAGAAAAGAAGUCCUAUAGCGCAAAACAGAUUUUAAAAAUACCAAGCAUCAUUUGUAUAUCAUAGUAUACAGAGAUUUAAAUUGAAAGAAAGGGCUAUCAUCUGACAUUGGUAAGCUUUUCUGAUAUUCAGGAAAGAAAACUAGAUAGUUCUAUAUAGAAAAAGCUUCCCAAAAGUAUUUCUCCAGGCCCAUACUUUUUUUUUUUUUAAUCAGAGUGGCUAGAAAUAGAGGGUGUAUAUAUGAUGGGUCUUGCUCAAAAAUAUAAGAAAUUGGUCUCAAAUGGAGAUGGUCCCCGUGAAAUAAUGGUUUUGAUAUCUUUCACCUUCAGUAUACAAAAUCAGGAAUGAAACCCAUUUCAGACUGAUUUUACAUUUAGGUGAAUAUGUAUAUAUCUUUGGAUUUAUAUCUCACUAACUAAGAAUCUCUCAAAAUCAUAAAACAAAAAUAUCAACAUAAUCAUUGAACAUAGGAGGUGCAAUGCUGUAAGAAAAAAAAAAUAUAUAUAUAUAUGUAUGCCAUUUUAAGCCAUUAACCCUGGGUUAAAAAUUUUGCUAGUGGGCCAUUAAUGCAGGGUUGUUGGUGUGCAUUGACUGUUCCCCAUUUGUGCCUGGCUUGUUCGGUAGUUUGUGGGCAACAUUAGACACCUAAAAGCUUAUAUUUUGAGUUUCAAAAAUUAUAAAGAAUGUGAAGAUAUGCCUUCACUUUAGAUGCUAUUGCCUAAAAGUUUCACCAUACAAAUGAUGCUGCUCCUAUCGAAGAAAAACAAGCUUUAUGGUGAGCUAAUGGCAUGGGAAUGGUUGCGAUGCAAUGCCACCUGCUACAAUGGCCAUGGUAUUUACUUGCGCAUGCCACCCAGUGGGAAGCGGUUAAGGUUAAACAAACUUCUCUUCAAGUGGGAACUCCAGUAAAGACAGUGACUGCU